AUGUCAGAUCUGCUGGCGAUGCGUGAUUCCCCCGACCGACCCGUGGAUGACGUCGACGAGAACUUGCCCGUCGGCAGGCUGGCUGGGGAGAAUGUGCUUACGAGCGCCUGCUGCCUGUCUAUACUCGCUUUGACUGUGGAGGGACAUGCGGACGCGCUCGCCGAAGACGUGUCCCUAUGGAUCGUGCUCCGUAGCGUGAGCACUCCGGGGUCAACCGCUCCCGGCCGAGCCGAGAUCCUCACUCAGCGUGUGCGCGUUGUUUUCAGGCUUGACAUGUGCAGAAAAGACUAUGACUAUGGACCAUGUAACACGGGAACGGCUGGCUUCGCGUACGUCGGUGGCGCGUGCGUCGUCAACAAGCGGCUGACCAAGGUGAACUCGGUGGCGAUCGUGGAGGACACGGGCGGCUUCUCGGGCAUCAUCGUGGCUGCCCACGAGCUGGGCCACCUGCUGGGCAAUGUACACGACGGCUCACCGCCGCCAUCCUACCUGGGCGGGCCGGGCGCCAAGCGCUGCCGCUGGGAGGAGGGCUUCAUCAUGUCCGACCUGCGGCACACCGAGAAGGGCUUCAAGUGGUCGCCCUGCAGCCUGGAGGAAUUCGACCACUUUCUCAACGGCGAGACGGCCACGUGCCUGUACAACGCACCGCACGAGCGCAACAACCUGGACCGCCACCUCCCCGGCAAGCUGCUCUCGUUGGACGCGCAGUGUAAGCGGGACCGCGGCACGAGCGCCUGCUUCAAGGACGACCGGGUCUGCGCGCAGCUCUUCUGCUUUGACCAGGCGACGGGCUACUGCGUGUCCUAUCGCCCAGCGGCUGAGGGCUCGCCCUGUGGUGUCGGCAAGUACUGUCGGGACGGCUACUGCGUGACGGACGACAGCUCCGGGAACGGCUUCGGUCCCAUCUCCUACGGCUCCAGCGACUACUUCACCAGCGCCACCCAGACGAGGCCGGUGUGGACGGACCCUCCCAUCCAGACCACCGAGAAGUCCACCACUAAAAAGCAAUGGAGUUCGAGCUGGGGAUCCAAUCGAUCAACUCGCGAGAUUCAUGGCAGCACCCAGACUACUACCACUUCAAGAACAACGACCACCAGAACCACGCCCACCACCACCACUACAACCACCACGCCAUCAACUACAACCAGGAGCUGGUUCACCAAGCGACCCAAAGCCAACAGUCGAUGGACGGCCUGGAGAAAGUCAACACGUGCCUCCACCACUACAGCGGCAACCACCACCACCACCACCAGAAGAACAACAACCAGAACAACCAGGAGGACGACAACCAGAACCACAAGACAAACGACAGCGGCGAGCACUGCAGGGGUCAGCAAGACCGAGCGGAACAGCGCGGCUAACGCCAUCAAGAGCUCUUCCAAAGAUGGGAGCAGCGGACAGUGCGUGGAUCGCGUCAAUCGGCUGGUGGGCCAUCUCUCCUGCAAGCAGUUCAUCCAGCGGUACGGCUACCGCUACUGCUCCCGCAAGUACGUGCAGCGCAACUGCUGCGCCACGCACAAACGCCUGUGUUCCAACUCCGGGGCGUUCAGCGGGUAACGUCGGCCGCCUCGCCUCCGGGCCAAACUGGCUCCGGACCCACGCGGGCGUGGGCCGGCAGGCGGCCGCCGCCGCGCUCUUGUUGAUACUGAGUUGUUACGGGCCCCGCCGGCGGUGCGGCCCGCCCGGCCGGGGGGCGCCGCCGCCGCCAGGACGCGCCGGGCGGCGCCGGACGCUGCCAACGAGCGCCAGACCCGUCCGCCGUCCCGCCGGCCUGCAGUGAAACGUGAAAACGCCAUAUCGUGUUAGUCGUGAAUCACUGAGAAAUCAAACUCGCGCGCGAGAAUCCGACCGGCACUGGACCUGGAAAUUGAUCACUUCACUGUACCUCACAACCAAAGAGUCUCACAUCGCCGCCUGGUGCCUGGUCGCGUGUGCACCGUCUGCUGCGCUGACAAAUUACUGUAUCCUCUACCGCUGUCCUGCACUGCACUUCACAGCCGCGAAGUCUCAUGAUCCAUUGCAGCGUAACCGGCAUCAUCGUCAAGAAGCAAUCGUCCAUGUUUCCGCCCGACAAAUGCUAUUAGUCGUCUUCAUUUUGUGUAGAGCUGUCGGUUCACUCAGUGACCGCCGCAUAGAGAGAACGUGUCUCGUAGCAUUACGCCGAUCGCGGAGGCACGAGUGUUACAAGUCCGUCGCUAGGUGGCAGUAUUCGUAGAAUAAUUGCAGUAUAGAUGUCGUCUGCUCCGGACUGUGAAUCUGCGAAGCCAAACGGCGCAUGAAAUACAUAUUCGUGAAAUA